AUGCCUCCCAAGGCCGCCAACAAGAAGGCCGCUGCGCCCAAGGCUGCCGCACCGAAGAAGGCUGCCAAUACCACCAAGAAGGAUGCUGAGACUACCAAGAAGCCUGCCGCGAAGCCCGCUGCGAAGAAGGAAGCUACCACCAAUGGCGCGACUGCCGCCUCCAAGAAGCGCAAGCUCGCCGAAGAGGAAUCAGAAGUCGACGAGUCCGAGGCCGAGGAGCCCGCCAAGGUCGAGAAGCCUGCCCCCAAGAAGAACACCAAGAAGGCCGCAGAGCCUGUUGUGAAGAAGACCAAGACUACUACUGCCGCCGCCGCCCCCAAGAAGAAGGCCGCUGCUGCCGAGGAGACCGAGGAUGAGCCCAAGGCCGCAAAGCCCGUCAAGAAGGCCGCUGCGAAGAAGGCCGAGCCCAAGAAGACUGCCGCCGCGAAGAAGGCUGACGCCAAGCCCGCCGCCGAUAGCAAGAAGCGCAAGUCAAGCGAAGAGGAGACGGAGGACGAGAAGCCCAAGGCGAAGAAGUCAAAGACCGACAAGGCCGAGGUCGACAGCCAGGCCACAGAAUCGGCCAAGGCCACAGAAUCUGCGGAUGAAGAGCCCGCGGCUGUGAAGCCUGCGAAGCCUACCAAGAAGGCCGCCGUCGCUGCCCCCAAGCCUCCCCCGGCCCACCCCCACAAGAUUGGCAAGAAGAUCAACUCUGCACCGACCCAAAUCCUUGAUGUAUAUGUCUUCGGCGAGGGAUCUUCUGGCGAGCUCGGUCUCGGCAGCAAGAAGCUUGACGGCAAGAAGAUUGUCGACGUCAAACGCCCGAGACUGAACCCUAAGCUUGAUGCCAAGGACGUCGGUGUUGUCCAGAUCGCCUGCGGUGGCAUGCACGUCGCUGCCCUGACCAAGGACAACAAGAUCCUCACUUGGGGUGUCAACGACCAGGGCGCUCUUGGACGCGACACCAACUGGGAUGGAGGACUCCGUGACGCUGAUGCCGAAGAGGAGGAAGACGACGAGGAUGACUCCGGUAUCAACCCUCACGAGAGCACACCCACUGCCCUUGACGCGGCGCAAUUUGCACCCGAUGCCAAGUUCACUCAGGUCGUCGCAAGUGACAGCGCCACCUUUGCCCUGACUGAGGAUGGCAGAGUUUACGGAUGGGGUACAUUCAGAUCGAGCGACGGUAUUCUCGGGUUCACCGACAAGAUCCAGAUCCAAAAGACUCCCGCGUACCUCCCCACAUUGAAGAACAUCACGGCCCUCGCUGCUGGUUCCAACCACAUCCUGGCUCUCGACGACAAGGGCGUCGUUGUCGCUUGGGGCUGCGGCCAGCAGAACCAGCUCGGACGCCGUAUCAUCGAGCGCAACAAGCUUUCCUCCCUUAUCCCCCAGAGCAUGGGUCUUCCCAAGAACAAGGUCGACCGCAUCGCUUGCGGAUCCUACCACAGCUUUGCCCUUGGCAAGGACGGUGCGGUCUGGGCUUGGGGUCUCAACAACUUUGCCGAGACUGGUAUUGAGAUGGGUGCUGGCGAGGAUGACGCGGUUGUUCUGCGUCCUACCAUUGUUGAGUCUCUCAAGAACUACAAGAUCAAGCAGAUCGCUGGUGGCGAGCACCACUCUCUUGCCUGCACCGAGGACGGCAAGCUCUUGACCUGGGGACGUCUGGAUGGCCACCAGGUCGGUAUUCCUGUCGAGGAGCUUGAUGCGGAGAGCGUCAUUAAGGAUGAGAGCAACAACCCCCGCAUUCUCUCCAAGCCUACUGCUGUCGAGGAUAUUGCCAAGUGUGUAUAUGUUGCCGCUGGUGUCGACAAUAACUUCGCCAUUGACGGCAAGGGCGAGGCUCACUCAUGGGGCUUCUCUGCCAACUACCAGACCGGUCAGGGCACGACUGAGGAUAUCGAGACCCCGACCACCAUUGACAACACUGCCGUCCGUGGCAAGAAGCUAGUCUUCGCUGGUGCCGGUGGCCAGUACUCUAUCCUGGGUGGUGUUGCUGACGUCCCCAAGGUCAACGGUUUUGCCCCUCAACCAGCUACUGGUGGCUUCAGACCUGUCUUCUAA